AUGUCUGUUGCUUUACAGAUUCGGUUCAUUUUGAUCCAAAAUCGAGCUGGCAAAACAAGACUGGCAAAAUGGUACAUGAAUUUCGAUGAUGAUGAAAAACAAAAGCUCAUCGAGGAAGUCCAUGCUCUGGUUACAGUCAGAGAUGCUAAGCAUACUAACUUUGUCGAGGUAUGUAAGGAAAAAAGUAUUGCCCAUACAGUAUGGACAACACCUGUACUUAUUGGAUAGGUUACCGGUCAUCUCGCCCCCAAGUCAUUUCCCUUCAUUUACUUAGCCCCCUACAUUCUAGAACGAGUAAACUUCUAUUUAAAGUGUGCUUGUUUUGCUUUAUGGCUUAUAGAAUGAGGAAUAUCCCUAGAAAAUAGGGGGCCAAGCCUGUCUGCAGAGUACGGCCGAACUCGACGAGAUUUUACGCAUGCAAGGCCGUUUUUAGCCCCUUAUUUCUUAUAAAUUUUUUGAAAAACUUGCGCAUGCACCUGCCAUACUCUGCAGACUGGGGGCUAAGUAACUGGGCGAAAUGACCGGCUACCAUAUGGUCCAAUGGUAAAUCCUCAAUACAUGUGUAGUGUUAUACUUUGUACCCUAGCCUUUGAGUACAGAGAUGCCAACCACUAGAGAUCUGAAAUAUAGAUAUUCUCCAUCUACUGUUUGUCAGGGUUUUAUUAGAAGCCGGGACCUGGGUAUUGGCACCAGUGUAUGUAGUACCUUCCUCCGGGCAAAAUGGAAAAGCUGACUCUCAAACCUACUUUCUCUGCCACCACCCCACCCCCCCUGCACUCAACCUUUGGCACCCUUCUACUUUAACAAAUAGUGAAACCCUGUACUACCCUCUCCACCAUAUUGCCAAUCCACCCCACCAUUCUUCCGACAUAUUGUGGUAAACCCAAAGGAAGAAAAUGAUCUUUUUCACACAGUAAUACUGCCAGAAAUCAUAAUUUUAACUUUAAAUACUUGGGUUAAAUUCCAAAGAGCUUAAAAAAGCCUCUUUUAGGUUAUAGUAGGAGAUUUGUCUUCUUUCCAGUAGAUUGCUGGAAAUUCUAGGAGAGUUGGCAUAAAAUAUGUAAGAUCAUUUCUAAGUAAAGGUACACGUGAGCCAAAGACCCAAACGGCCGGAGCUUGUUCCAGUUCUUUUGCAUGAAGCAUAGUAGCACUCUAGCCUCCAGAAAUUAUUCUUAACAACGGUCUAAAAAUUCUUGCAAAGAAUAUUUUCUUGAGCGAAAACAAAUCAAGUUGACAACAGCCGCCUACUUCAAACUUCAAAUGUUUGGCAGCAAAACAUGUCGUGUUUGCACCCAAUUAGAAUGUAUUUUUUCCUCACGUGUACAUGCUUAAAUGUAACUGACGGUAAAUGGGGCUUUUCUGAAUGGUAUAAUUUUUUUGUUUAGUUUCGGAACUUCAAGAUUGUAUACCGACGAUAUGCUGGCCUUUACUUCUGUUUCUGCGUGGAUGUACUUGACAACAACUUAUAUUAUUUAGAAGCUAUUCAUAACUUUGUUGAGGUAAGAAUUAGCUUUCCCCACCCCAUAAUCACUUACACCCAACUCAAUAAGCUCCAAAGCCUAAAAGUGUACUUGUAGGGUGUCUCCAUUUCUGCUGAGGCAUUUAGCCAAACAUUGAAAACUGGGCAUCCAGAAAUCAUGUUCUCCCACAAAACUACAACAGAUUAUGUGAAUAGAUGUAUAAAAUAUUAUUUUAGUCGCAUUUACAUCCAAAAGUGGGUAUCCACAGGACGCAUCGACACUCUUGUCUAAAACCUUGUUUCUGCUGGUAAUUGGGAUUUCACGCCAGUGUGUCUUGUGUUGUAAGAGAAGACUAACUUUCAUGGUGUAGCUUGUUAAGACAGGGUUAUUGAAAUGAAUAACUUAGGCCUGGUUCAGAUGCCGAUCUCAGGUUCGGUACAUGAAAAGUUCAGCAUCUGAAUCAAAGCCGUUCCAAAGUCGCUCCAAAGGCGAAAUUCCCGGCCAGGGUAGGUGGAAAGAAUGGCUGAGCUGUUCGAAACUGAAACAGGUGUUCUUAUUGAUUCAGAUGCCCAACUUUUCAUGUACUUAAUUCAAUGUGUUAGGUUCGGCUCAUGAAAAGUUCGAUGUCUUAACCAGGCCUUAGCUAACAUUUAGCUUCAUUAAAUAUAUCAUCCUUUAUCUUCUUGUUAUUUCAGGUUUUAAAUGAAUUUUUUCACAAUGUUUGUGAACUGGACUUAGUUUUUAACUUUUACAAGGUACUGCAAAAUUUUUAUUGAUUUGACUUAAGAAUCUAUGUCUUUAUUUAACUUUAGCCUUUUUUCUCCUCAACUGUCAGUUUUACCUAAUUCAAUGAGAGGAUAUUCGUUAUAAUUUGCUAAUAGCCAUUGUUUUGAUUGGUAUUUAAAUGUCUCCAUUUAGGUUUAUGCUGUUGUGGAUGAGAUGUUUUUAGCUGGUGAAAUAAGAGAGACAAGCCAAAGCAAAGUUUUAAAACAGCUUCAGAUGCUUCAGCAGUUGGAGUAA